AUGCUGAACUACCUUUGUCGAAGCUGUGGGCUGCUGGGCUUUGGUCUGAACAACGACCAGAAGCGCUUGGUUCUUUGCAUUGCAGCUGAAUCACCCGACUCGGAUGACGAUGAAGAGACCUCCCCGCCACCUACGGGGUUCUGGGCGAACGUUUCUUCCUUCGCGUCUACCUUCGUGGGGGGCUCCGACAAAGGAGGUCUCUGCACGCAGUCGCUCCUUGCGGUGCUGAGAGCGGGCGAUUGGCGCUCCGUGGACGCAGGAGAUCUGCACCGCAAAAUGGGCAGCCUUCUGAAUCGUCAGAGUCGGCGAGCGGGCGUCAUGGUGCGUUCGUCAGUUAAUUUGCAAGGCCGGAAUUUGGGCUCGAUAUGGAGGAGUGAGGACGAAGAUCGGCGGCGGGCAUUGCUGGUAGGGUUCUGCUACAGCGCUGAUCUUCAACUGAGUGGAUCUUGGAAUGAUGUUGCCGACAUGCAAAGCUGGCUUCAGUCCGAAGGCCUUUUUAGCUCUUCCGAGAUCCGUGUUGUCACUGAUCGGGGGAACGAUGAGAAGCUGACCCGAGAGAAGAUCUUGGAGCACCUCCAGUGGCUGCUCCAAGGAGAAGAAGGAGAAGAGGACUCGGAGCAAGCGUUCCAACUCUUCUUCCACUUUUCGGGACAUGGUGACGGUCGACAGCUGCUGCCUGCGGAUCACCAGUCGGGUCACAUUUCGGAGUAUGAGAUAUCCAGCAUGAUCCAUGACCUUCUCCCGUCCAAUGCCACAUUGACCUGUGUCUUUGAUUGCUGCGACUCGCUCUGGAUGCUGCAUUCCCUUUUGCGGUAUCAAUCUGAGUCUGGUACAACUGCGUCGUGA